UAACCCCUUCUCGGACUUUGAUAGUCGGACGAUCGAUUGAAACGACGAGGAGACUUAUCGUUCCUGUCAUGUAUACGCAGCAGUGCGGUUCGGUGUGUCUCGGGAUGAAAAACAAGCGUACCCUCAAUAGUUUGACCUGCCCAGUGAACGGAAGACGGUCGUGUGGUGAGGGCAUCUAAAGCCAGGCUGAGCUAGGAAGUGAAGAGGAGGAGGGUACCCGAAUCCACCAAGAAAAACACCGUUUGUCAAAUAAAGAAACAGUCCGUUGAAACCACAGAAUGGCGCUGGAUAUCUACGACUCUCAGUACCUACUCAUCCUGGUCCCAUUACUGGUUGUUGCCCUCCUCUUCCUCUUCUUCAUACUCUUCACAAAGGAAACCUCCUAUGAUGAGGUGCUGGCCCGGCAGAAACGUGACCUCAAGUUACCACCAUCCAAGCCAGAUGUCCGCAAGAAGACAGAGAAAAAGAAGAGUAAGAAGAAGGAGAGUGCAACUGCGGCAGGUGGAGGAGGCGGCGGAGGUGAGUCUGAGGAGGACCAGGGGGACUUUGAGGCAGCUGCUGUUGCCCACAGCUACACGCUGGAGUUGGUUGAGGAGCCAGUGCCAGUGGCUAGAGCAGAUCCUGCUCCACCACCACCUUCAAUGCCAGUUCCAGCUUCAACAGAGGCUUCUGCUGGUUUGAGGGAAAGAAAGAAGAAGGAGAAAAAAGCUGCAAAGGCUGCCGCUGUAGCGACAGCAGCUGCAGCAGCAGCAACAGCAGCCGCAGCAGCUGCAGCAACAUCUCCUCCACUCGAGGAGCUAGAAGUGAAUAGCUCCAAACUGAUGGGGUACAAAGCAGAGCCGCUUCUAGUUUCCAGCAAAAAACCCAGACCACCUUCUCCAAAGCUUGAGGUCCAGGUUCAAGUUACCCAGACAUCUGCUGUGGGUCAGACUCCCCCACAGGCAUCUAAGAAGAAGGAGAAGAAGAAGCAAAAGAUUGAGGCAGUGAAUGACCAACAGCCAGCACCCAUUAAAGAUGAGCAGGCACCAGUUAAGCAGGAAGCUCCUCUUGUGGCCGAAACCAAAGUUCUCUCUAAUGCAGCUCCGAGUGCUCCCAGUGGAAAGAAGGGCGGCAAGAAACAGAAGACUGAGCCGGUCAAUCCAGUUGAGGAGUCCCACGUUCUGACUGACUCGGCAGCUUCUGUCAACCACCAGACGGCCCAAAACAAUGACGUACCUUCUAAAGGAAAGAAACAGAAGAAUGAGACAGACAAAGAGAACAAGGAGGUGAAGCUCAAGGAGCUGCUCUCAGGUCUGUCCUCCAUCACCCUGUCUGAAGCUGAGGCUGUCCGAUUGAUUACUGUCCUCCGGGAGAAGAGCCCAAGCGCUGCCGAUGCCUGGCAGAAAUCUGCUGCUAAAUCUGAUCCGGCUGCUCAGGAACAAGGGCGGCUCCUAACCACGCUUCAAGAGGAGGCAUCCAUUGCCAAGGAUAAAGUCAAACAACUCAGCCAGGAGCUCCAAGUUUCGAAGCAGAAGACAGGCCGGGUGGAGGCCAUGAUGCGAGAGCAAUGUUCAGCAAUGCAGAAAGAGCUGGGCAACAUGCAGGCCAAAGCACAAGGAAGCUACCAGGAGCUCCAGACCAUGCAGCUCAAGUUCCAGCAGGUGAGGGAGCAACUGGAGAGUCAGAUCACUCGGCUGCAGCAGGAGAAUGGCAUCCUGCGAGAUGCAGUCAGCACAGCCACCAACCAGAUGGAGAGCAAGAAUACCACCGAGAUGAACAAACUGCGUUCUGAUUACGCAGCGCUGAUGAUCGAGUUGGCGGACAAAAACGCCAAGCUGCAGCAGGAGGAACACCAGAGGAAGUCGCUGGAAGUCAACUACAAGCAGAACGUGUCUCAGCUGGAGGCUCAACUACAAGAUGCUAAGCGACGCUGGGAGGAACUGCAAAACUUCCUUCAUAGUGUCAAUGCUGACCGAGAAAAACUUCAGGCCUCUAAGCAAGAACUCCACAGUAAGCUGCUGACAGCAGAGAAUGAGAUGAACAAUAAGAAUAAAGAGCUUCAGACCCUCCAUAGCAGCCUGACUGAAGCCAUGGUCUCGAAGGAGAGACUGGAGCAAAGGGUGAGGGAGCUUCUGGAAGUGUCCCAGCACAGUAUGCCGGAUGACUCCAUGCAAGCUCGUGCGCAGGAGCUCAUGAAUGAAAACAAAGGUCUUCAGGCCCAAAAGGAAACACUGCAAGCACAAAAUGAGAACCUGCAUGCCCAGAUCUCAACACAGGUCAGCCACGUCUCCCACAUUGAGGAGCUACAGAAGCUACUGGCUGACAAGGAGUUGCAGCGAAAGAGCCUGGAGGAUUCUUUGAAUGCCGAACGGAGCAGCGGCGCCAGUCGAGAAACUAACAUGCAGGCCUUGCACAACGACAACAUGUCGAUGAAGGCAGAGAUUCAGAGUCUGCGGGCACAGAUUGCUGAUCAGACUGCCUCCCUGCUGGCAUUCGACCAGAUCCAGAGGAGUGCACAAGAAAAAGAGGAGAACAUGAAAACUGUCGAGAGCCUACUGGAGAAGGGCCUAAUCGAAGUGGCCAACAAAGAGGAGGAACUAAAGACUGUGAGAAAGGAGAAUGAAGCACUAAAGCAAAAGUUGGUGGCCCUUGAAGGAAAAGUGGCUGAUCAGGUAUCAUCAGAGUCGAUUGUGCAAGAACUGCAUAGCAAGAUCCAAGAGAGAGAUUUGAAGCUGAAGUCAAUGGAGGACAAUCUGGAGGCAGCACAAGAAGGCUACUCAGCCAAAGCACAGGCUGCCGAGGCUCUGGAGCAGCAGUUUGCUGUCCUGCAGGUAGCAAUGGAGCAGCUAAGACAGAAGGAGCCAUCAGAAGAGCUCAGCAGAUUAUAUAACCAGCUCCAAGUACUCCAAGCUCAACUCACUAUGAAAGACCACGAGAUCCAGCACCUACAGACCGAGAUGAGAGAGAAGUUAGAGCAGGCACAUCAACAGCGGAUGGUUAGUGCAGUACCAAGCCCCGAACUACUAACAGCGUUGUCCGAGAAAGAGAAGCAAGUUGCACAACUGGAGAGUGAACUGCGUGAGCUGAAGGAAGCUCUGGAGCUUCACAGAAAGAAGAACAAUGAGCUCCGGCAGAAAAACUGGAGCGCAAUGGAAGCUCUGUCAGCCACCGAGUCCAUGCUUCAAGGAAAACUCAGCAAAGCUGUCAAGGACAACCAGGCGACACUGGCACUGUCUGAGGCGGAGUGCCGCAAUUAUCUGCACCGACUUUUGCCCCACGUGCCUCUGCCCAACGAUCAAAAUCAUCAGGAGUGGCUCUGCAGUUUUGCGAAUAAUCUCAUGGAGAGUUCGCCUCCACAAUCCACACAUGUUUCAGGGUAUUCCGAGGAAAUGUCUGAGAAGCUGAAAGAAGCCGAGGAAGCCCAAAGGAUUCUACAGGUCGACUGUGAGACAUACAAGAAAGUUUUGGCAGAAACGGAGGGCAUCCUACAGCGCCUCCAGAGCAGUGUGGAACAGGAAGAGUCCAGAUGGAAGGUGAAGGUGGAGCAAUCGCAGGUGGAGCUUAGAGAGAUGAGCCAGAAAGUUACAACUCUGGAGCAGGAGAUUGAAAGACUAAGUGAUGGAGCCGAGUUGGAAAAUUUGAGAAGAGAAAAGCAGCACUUGGAGUCCGAGUUGGAGAGGGCAGAGCGUGAGAGUGCCAUAUAUGUAACAGAGGUCCGAGAGCUCAAAGAUCUGUUGACUGAAUUGCAGACCAGACUUGAUGGCUCAUAUACAGAAGCCAUCAGGCAGAAUGAGGAGCUGAAUUUGCUGAAAAUGCAGCUCACAGAGACGCUAACCAAACUGGAGGCAGAAGUGAAGGAGCGGCAGCAGGUUGCACGUGAUCUCUAUAAGGCCCAGCAGUCUUUGGACCUGAUCCAAGGGGAGCUCUCCAAAGUGACAGACAACUCUGAGGGCCUGAUAGAGAACAGCAGUUUGUCCUCACAGAGAGAAGAGCUUGACAAAAAUGAAAAGAUGACUGCAGGACUUAACCAAACAGUCUUUGAAUUGCAGCAGCAGCUACAAAGUAUCAGCCGACAACUCACCAAGGAUGCGGAGGCUGACAGAGAUGUGUUGAAGGUAUAGCACGCAUAAAAAAAAAAAAGACGGGCAUGGAGCCAUCCGGACCGCACGACUACUCAGACGUCACAUCCGCUGUCAAACAAGGGAACAGGCAGAGGUUUACUGUUGACACCAAACACCACAACUCCACUCCCACCACAUUCCUCUACUACAGCAAAAUCACAGCUUUAUUUCUUCACUUCAUCAUAAUCUUGUUCCAUCGCACAUUAUCCACUCCCAUCUGCAUUGUUUAAAUUCAGUCUUUUUGAAAAACCGCGUUAGCUAGCUACAUGUCACACACAGGAAAACAAGGCACUGAUAGCAGAAAUCCGAAGGCAACUAUACAGGUCUUUAUACAGUCUUCUUUUUCUUAAAUUAAAAAAAAAAACUUAUUGUUUUAAUGUACUGAGUUUUGUCACGUUGCCCUGUUUUCUUCCCCGCCGGUUGUGUAUCAUUAGACCCUUGGGAAUACAUAAAUGCACUUCGAUGUGAGUCUUUACUCAUUUGGAGGGAAAUUGUUGAAUAUAUCAGUCGCUGCAGGGGCAUUAUGAGAGAUGGACGGGCUAAUGCGUGAAAAGGUCAACGGUGUUUUAAUUCUACUGUCAGGACUCGAAAAGAGAGUAUCCCAUAGCGUUAAUCAACACUUGCUAUAAUUGUUGGCUAAGUUCAUUAACAUUGAAAAGUUUGUUCUUUUUGUAACAGGUUAUGUUAAUAAAAGGAAUACUUGAUAAAUAUA